AUGUAUUCCACUCCUGCUGUCCUCACUUCUUCAUUUCAUGGAUGUUCUCUGAGUGACACGCCCAUCAUCCACCUCAGCAUUCCCAUCUCUAAGCUUAGGCGGCAGGUGUGUGACCCUGAUCCUGCCGGCAGGGCACGAGAGCUCGUCCUGCAGUGGAAGGAAGCCUCAUCCUUCUCGGGCCUUCCUGCGGAACACCAGGAGGCGCUCAACCGGCAAAUACCACAAAGGAUGGAGUUGAUUCGCCACAGUGUUUCUCUGCCAGAUGACACCUGUGUGCCUAUCACGCAUGAUGAACUUUUCUCAGCAGUUAAAUUGGGCAAGUCAACAGCUCCUGGUAAGGAUGGCAUCACCUAUGACAUCCUCAGUGCCUUCCUGGAGGUAAAGGUAGACAACCCUGUCUUAGAUCUAUUUAACCUGUCUCUCACUGCAGGCAAGCUUCCCCUCUCCUGGAAAACAGCCAUUAUCAUCCCAAUCCCCAAAGGUGAUGGCACCUUUUGCCCCAUUUCUCUCACCAGCUGUCUGUGUGAUAUAAUGGAAUGGGUAAUAUUGAACAGGCUUAUAUAUAAGGUGGGCCAUGUACUCUCUGGCAAUGUACAUGGCUUCCUAAACUGUCAUUCUACAAGUCAUUGUUUUGUUGAGUGCCUUAUGAAUAAGGAUGCUACCUGCAGAGCUUUCAUUGAUCUCAAGGGUGCCUUCGACAGGGCCAACAAAGAUGUUAUUAUGGAAGAACUCAUUCUCAAAGGUGUCAAAGGUAGAUUAUUAGGAUGGAUCAGGGACUAUUUGUACAAUAGAACAGCACAGGUUUGGUUUCAAGGUGCAGUCUCCUCUGAGGAAGUCUUUGUGCUUUUCAAUGUUUUAAUGGACAAAAUUGCGCGUUGUUCCUUCCCGCAGGGCACCCAGGUCCUCAUCUAUGCUGGCAACAUACUCCUCCAAUGCCCCACACCCAGGAUUCUCCAGUCAGCUCUGUCACAACUAACAGCAUUGUGUGUUCAAAUGGGACUUGUAAUUAAUGAAUGUAAAACCAAAUUUCAAGCCAAAGGGAAGGUCCCUCAACCGCCUACUGUAAAUAAUGUUCCCAUCCCUAGAGUCCAUACACACAAGUACCUGGGUGUUCAGCUGAGUUUCAGGAAGUCACUCCAAGCUGUACACUAUGUUCGAGACCUCUGUCUGCCACAGCUAGCGCCACUUCGGCUGCUAGCAAACAGGGACCAGGAGGCUGGCAUUCCAGUCCUAAGGAUAUUCUAUAUAUCUGUCGUACGGUCCCUCAUUGACUACGCAGCCUCUAUUUUAAUACAGUUUAGUGCCAUCCAGCCCCGUCCCCUGGAGCUUGUUCAGAAUGAAGCCAUGAGAAUAAUUUUGGGAUGCCCCAGGACUGCACGGAUUGAGGUCCUCAGAGCUGCACUGCACCUGCCGAGUAUUAUGUGUAGGAUAUAG